AAGUGUCAGGUCCUGUUCUUCAUCCCUGGCGAACAGCUGACUUCAGAAAGGACCAAACAAAUAACGGGAAAAUGCCGCGUCCUGUGAUAUUCUUCGCUGUCUGCUUGAUAAUUUUGUUUAAUUUCGCCAAUGGCUACAAGGAGCUGCACGGACUGAAUGGAAAGUUAUUUCCCAAGACAGCAACUUUUAAUUUUCCCGAAUACGCCUAUAAGGAGACCAGCAAGAACGAAAUAACUUUCCACGAACUGGAGGUGACCUGUGGAGACCAGUGCGAGAACAUCAGUCCCGUGGGCGUGGCCAAGAUCAACUGCAUCCGGCAGUGCAUUUCGCCAUCCUGCUACCAGGACAUUUACGCCUUCAACGAGCUGGAGGAGGGCGAAAUCGAUGCCAGGCUUAACUCCUUCAAGGGCUGCGUUAUCCAGCGCAUGUAGCAGCGACCUCAGUUGUUAAAGGAGUACUUCAUCUUUAAAUGGCUAGAAUUCACCGGCAUCACCUAUUAAAUCCAUAUAAUGUUUGUCUGUGCCAAGGGCCUGCAUUUAAAGGACUUUUGACGGCUUGGGCAGAUAGCUAAUUUGCAGAGUAUUUAAAUAAAUAUUACACAAAUUGUACUUUUUCACCGUAUCUGCGAUCAAAAAACGGUUUUUAAUUUUAAAGCCAAAUUUAGAAAUACAUUUUUCACAAAAAUAAAA